GUUCUUAUCAAAGAUGGCUGCUGUUGUCGAGGAUGGAGAGUGAGCCGCGGCUGUCAUCCGAACACAGGCCGAAGAGACGCACUCAAAGUCCGGCACCGACACCCGGCUGCACCCGCUCCCGGACCGCCUGAACCGAACCUGAUUCUCUGCUGAAGGACACACGGGGGACAGACCAGACAUGGACACCACCACGUCCAUCAAGAUGACCACUCUGGCCAUCCAGAACCUGUUCAGCUACGUGGAGGAGGAGAACCUGGCCGCUCUCAAGGCUCACCUGGACCGCUUCAAGGAGGUGGACGGACGCAGCGACAACGGUCAGACCCCUCUGAUGCUGGCGGCGGAGCAGGGCAGUCUGGAGAUCGUCCAGGAGCUCAUCAGGAGAGGAGCCAACGUCAACCUGGACGACGUGGACUGCUGGUCGGCGCUGAUCUCUGCAGCCAAAGAAGGUCAUGUGGAGGUGGUGAAGGAGCUGCUGGAGAACAGCGCCUACAUCGAGCACAGAGACAUGGGCGGCUGGACAGCGCUGAUGUGGGCGGCUUACAAAGGUCGUGUGGAGGUCACCAAACUGCUGCUGGAGAACGGAGCAAACCCCAACACUACAGGACAGCAGUACAGCGUGUAUCCGAUCAUCUGGGCCGCCGGUCGAGGACACGCCGACAUCGUCAAAGUGCUGCUGCAGAACGGAGCCAAAGUCAACUGUUCUGACAAGUAUGGGACCACUCCUCUGAUCUGGGCGUCCAGGAAAGGACACUUUGACUGUGUGAUGCACCUGCUGGAGAACGGAGCCGAUGUCGACCAGGAGGGGGCGAACUCGAUGACGGCUCUGAUCGUGGCGGUGAAAGGCGGUUACACCGAGGUGGUGAAGGAGCUGCUGAAGAGGAACCCCAACGUCAACAUGACCGACAAAGACGGGAACACGGCGCUGAUGAUCGCCGCCAAGGAAGGCUACACCGAGAUCGUCCAGGACCUGCUGGACGCCGGCACCUACGUCAACAUCCCAGACCGGAGUGGGGACACGGUGCUGAUCGGAGCAGUGAGGGGGGGUCAUGUGGAGAUUGUCAGAGCUCUGCUGCAUAAAUACGCCGACAUCGACAUCAGAGGACAGGAGAAUAAAACUGCUCUGUACUGGGCCGUGGAGAAAGGAAACGCCACUAUGGUGAGAGACAUCCUGCAGUGUAACCCCGACACUGAGACCUGCACCAAGGAUGGAGAACCUCUGAUCAAAGCCACCAAGAUGAGGAACAUCGAGAUCGUGGAGCUGCUGCUCGAUAAAGGAGCCAAAGUGUCGGCUGUCGACAAGAAAGGAGACACGCCCCUCCACAUCGCGAUCCGUGGGCGGAGCCGGCGCCUGGCCGAGCUCCUCCUCAGGAACCCCAAAGACGGCCGCCUGCUGUACCGACCCAACAAGGCCGGAGAGACGCCGUACAACAUCGACUGCAGCCACCAGAAGAGCAUCCUCACGCAGAUCUUCGGAGCACGUCACCUGUCCCCCACAGAGACGGACGGGGACAUGUUGGGUUACGACCUGUACAGCUCCGCGCUGGCGGACAUCCUGAGCGAGCCGACCAUGCAGCCCCCCAUCUGUGUGGGUCUGUACGCCCAGUGGGGCAGCGGCAAGUCCUUCCUGCUCAAGAAGCUGGAGGAUGAGAUGAAGACGUUUGCCGGGCAGCAGAUCGAGCCGUUGUUUCAGUUCUCGUGGCUCGUCGUCUUUCUGUCUCUGCUGCUCUGCGGCUCCGUCGCCGUCGUCCUCGGCUUCACCGUCGACCCCAAACUGGCCAUGGCGGUGUCCCUCAGCCUGCUCGCUCUGCUCUACCUCUUCUUCGUGGUCGUGUACUUCGGCGGGCGCCGGGAGGGCGAGAGCUGGAACUGGGCGUGGCUGCUCAGCACCCGUCUGGCCCGUCACAUCGGGUAUCUGGAGCUGCUGCUGCGGCUGAUGUUUGUGAACCCGCCGGAGCUGCCGGAGCAGAGCACCCGAGCUCUGCCUGUCAGGUUCCUGUUCACAGACUACAACCGGCUGUCCUCCGUCGGAGGAGAGACGUCGAUGGCUGAGAUGAUCGCCACGCUGUCCGACGCCUGCGAGAGAGAGUUCGGCUUCCUCGCCACGCGCCUCUUCAGAGUGUUCAAGACCGAGGAGACGCAAGGUAAGAGGAAGUGGAAGAAGACGUGCUGCGUCCCGUCCUUCGUCCUCUUCGUGCUGGUGCUGGCGUGCCUGCUGAGCGGCAUGGCGCUGCUAGCCGUCUUUAAGGUGGAUGGGGAGAACCGCACUGUGAACGGCGUGCUGGUGGCCAUCGGCAGCGUGGUGGGUCUCGCUCUGCUUCUCAACUGCAGGACCUGGUGGCAGGUCACCGACUCGGUGCUCAACUCGCAGAGGAAGAGGCUCCACAGCGCCGCCAACAGGAUGCACAAGCUGAAGAGUGAGGGCUUCAUGAAGGUGCUGAAGACGGAGGUGGAGCUGAUGGCGAGGAUGGCGAAGACCAUCGACGGCUUCACGCAGCAUCAGACAAGGCUGGCGGUCGUUAUUGAUGGGCUGGACUCGUGCGAACAGGACAAAGUUCUGCAGAUGCUGGACACGGUGCGGGUGCUGUUCUCCAAAGGCCCCUUCAUCUCCAUCUUUGCCAGCGACCCUCACAUCAUCAUCAAGGCCAUCAACCAGAACCUGAACAGCGUCCUCAGAGACUCCAACAUCAACGGACACGACUACAUGAGGAACAUCGUCCACCUGCCCGUCUUCCUCAACAGCAGAGGGCUGUCCAGCGCCAGGAAGAUGUGCGCCGCCGCACCCGCCAAUGGGGACACCGCCAACUCUGAGGCUGGGUGGCACGAGGAGCUGGACAGGAAACUGUCUCAGCACAGUUUGGGAGAAUUAACCAAGUUUGGCAGCAAGACGACGCUCAACCGCCGGGACACAUACCGGCGGCGGCAGGUGCAGCGCUCGGUGACCCGUCAGAUGUCCUUCGACCUGACGAAGCUGAUGGUGACGGAGGAUUGGUUCAACGACAUCAGCCCGCAGACAAUGAGGAGGCUGCUCAACAUCGUCUCCGUCACAGGUCGUCUUCUGAGAGCCAAUCAGAUCAGCUUCAACUGGGACCGCCUGGCGUCCUGGAUCAACCUGACAGAGCAGUGGCCCUACAGGACGUCCUGGCUCAUCCUGUACCUGGAGGAGACAGACGGCGUCCCUGACCAGGCCACGCUCAAGACCAUCUACGAGAGAGUGUCCAAAAACAUCCCAACCACCAAAGACGUGGAGCCUCUGCUGGAGAUCGACGGAGACAUUCGCAGCUUCGAGGUCUUCCUGUCCUCACGCACACCUGUCCUCACCGCCAGAGACAUCCGCACCUUCCUGCCGUGCACCGUCAACCUGGACCCCAAACUGAGGGAGAUCAUCGCAGAUGUUCGUGCAGCUCGGGAGCAGAUGAAUAUGGGCGGAGUCACGUACCCGCCCCUCCCCCUGCAAGAGGCGCAGCCCCGCCCCACCUCAGUGUACAGCCAGGUGUCGUCGGCGUGCUCGCCGUCCGCCUCCUUCACUGGGCCCUUCAACCAGCCAGCAGGGGGCGUGGUCUCCCCGCAGCCUCACAGCAGCUACUACAGCGGCAUGGCCGGACCACAGCACCCCUUCUACAACAGGCCAUAUUUCCCCCAUCACCUUUACCAGCUGCCACGCCCACUCAUGGCCUCCACCUACCCAUCACACCUGCACCCACGCCCUCCACCCAAACACCCCGCCAGCAGAGACGCCUCAGCUGCACCCUAUAAGGUUUCAUCUUUGAAAAGGAAGCAGGGCUCGGCCUCGGUGGUGUCGGCCGCUCCGUCCGUCCUCCUCAGCUCCAUGACGACGGAGGCGGUCUGUGAGCGGGUGCGGCUGAUCGAAGGCAUCGACCAGAGCAUGACGGGACAGUACGGCGCCACCAUCAGGAAGGCGAACGUUAACGGGCGAGUUUUGUCUCAGUGUAACAUCGACGAGCUGAAGAAAGAGAUGAACAUGAACUUUGGAGACUGGCAGCUGUUCAGAGCCACGGUUCUGGACAUGCGGCACAUGGAGAGUCAGGUGCUGCACGAGGAGGUCGUCAGCGAGCAGGGCAGCAUCGUGGGCGGCCACACCGACAUGGGACGGCGAGCGGCGGCCCCGCCCCACGCCGGCGGCGCCAACGCGGACACUUCGCCGAUGUACAGCUUCAACCUGAGCUUCGAGGAGCUGAGCACGGUGGGGCUGGACGAGGCGCAGAGACACGGCGGCGCGGCGUGGAUGGGCGGUGCUCACCGCACCGCCAGCAUGACCAGCCUGAACUCCCAGGAGUCCUCCAACGACAUCUCCAAGCUGACGGACAAGCAGCAGGCCGAGUACCGCAGCGCCUACCAGGAGUACAUCGCUCAGAUGGCGCAGGUGGAGAUGGGCGGCGGCAGCAUCGGGGAGCGGCCCGUCCAGCCGCAGCCCGGCCAGUUCAUGACGUCAUCGUCAGAGGAUAAGAGCAAAGACGGCGGCGAGCAGGACGGACGCAAACCCUUCAACAAGAGGAGCGGCAGCAAACCAGCGGCGGACAAUGCCGACUUUGCCUCCAACGGAGACGCCCUGGACCCCAUCACGGAGGAGGACGAGAAGGGCGACCACGCCUCCUCCAAGUCCAUGCUGACUCGCAAGACCUCGGCCGAGAGAGGGGGGCUGUUCCAGGGCGCCGCCGACCUGAAGCUGAAGGCUGGUGGCGGCGGGCUGCGAUACCAGAAGCUGACGAGCGACGACGAAGAGUCAGAGGAGUCUGACAAUGCCCCGCUGCUCAAAGACGGCAAGAAGGCCGCCGACCACAAACCGCCCGGCGGCUCACUGGCGCUGAAGGGGAAAGACUACCUGUCGGACGCCAUGCUGGACAAGAAGGACUCGUCGGACUCGGGCGUGCGGUCUAACGAGAGCUCGCCGAACCACUCGCUGCAGGACGAGGAGGCGGACCUGUCGCAGCUGGAACGCGCCAACCUGAUCGAGCUGGACGAGGAGAGCCUGGCCAGGAAGCGCGGACUUCCCAGCAGCCUCAGCGGCCUGCAGGACCCCGCCGUCCGCAUGUCCAUCUGCUCCGAGGACCAGUGCAGCCUCCUCGCCAGCAGCCCCGAGGAAAGCUGGCCCUCGUCCAAGUCCUUCAACCUGAACCGCACGCCGAGCAACGUCACGCUCAAUAACAACACCAACGCCCAGCAGGGCAACCGCGCCCGCCUGCCCGCCGAGGGCUCCUCCUCUGACCCCGCCUCCUCCUCUAGCGAUGUCAUCAUCUCGCCGAGCUCCAGCACCUCCGGCACCACCGGCACCACCGGCACCACCCGCCCCGGGCCCAACAACGAGAACGUGCGCGUGGUUCACCUGAAGAGGGGCCUGAAGCCCGGGGACCCGCCGGAGAUCUGCACCGUGUCCUCCGACACCGUCAGCUUCGGCGAGGAGCGGGAGAGCAUCCUGUGACCUCACCGUGACCUCAUCGUGACCUCAUCGUGACCUCACCGUGACCCGUGAAGAUUCAGAGCACUGAGGGUCCACCAGGAGCCGCCCCCCGACCCUCUGGACCAAUCAGACUCUUCUGAUGAGAAAAGUUUGAUGAGCCGUAAAAAUAUUUGAAAAGUGCAAAAAAUGUUUCAAAAUUUGUGAAAAUAUUUGACUUGUUAAAAAACUGAAAAAGCGUCCGCAGUGAAUUUAAAUAUAAAGUCCUGAGAUUUGAAUAUUUGGGUUUGAAAACGGCGUCUCGGUCGCUGAUGUGGCUCGGCGGCGGCUGCCGGUGGAGUCGUGGUCGUCGUGGUGUCGUCGUUUCCUGAUCGUGGUGGCGCUGCAUGCUCUCAGCCGCCGACGUAGAAGUUAAAUUGUGUAGAAACUUUAUUGACAGUAGGAGCUGCUGCAUGUGGACGUCGUGACGUUUGUAGUUUAGCACGUUUCCAUAGAAACAAAAACAGAAUUUAUUCUCUCAGAAACUAAACGAGGAUUCGGAGCCUGAAACUGAAACUGACGGAUGAGAUCAGACUUUACGAAGGAAUUCAAGAUUUCAGAGAAAAAAGUGAGAAUAUUUAAAUACGUUUCGGGGCCCGUGUGCGUAAACGAGAAGUUUACAGAAACAGAUUCACAAAAACAGGCGG